ACCUGAAGUCCUGAAAACACCUGAAGAACAUAACCUGUACAGUGCGCGAAAAUGUUAUUUAGAAAUUAAUGCGAGAAAGAAAUGUUCAUUUCUUACUUUGUUUUUUGUUAAAUUAAACGAAAAUAAAAAUCCCUUGAAGCGUUAAAAAUACAUGUGAAUUUGAACACCUAUAGAAUGGGUCGAAGCCGCACUCCAUCGCCAGCAAGACGGAGAGAUCGGUCCCGAGAACGAGAUCGCGACAGAGAUCGACGGAGAAGACGGUCGCGAGAGAGAAGACGGAGAUCCGUAGAGCGAGACAGGGUAAAGUCAAGGGACAGGGAUAGGGAGCGAGAACGCGAACGAGACAGACAUAGGAGAUCAUACAGCAGAUCCAGAUCGCGUGAACGCGAUAGGUCGCGCGACAGACCGAAUAGGACAAAGCCGAAACCUUCAGCAAACGAACGACCCAUUAUCACAGAGGCGGAUCUUCAAGGCAAAACACCCGAGGAGCAAGAGAUGAUGAGAAUAAUGGGAUUCUGUGACUUUGACACCACUAAAGGCAAGAAGGUAGAGGGAAACGACGUAGGUGCGGUUCAUGUCAUUUUGAAAAGAAAAUACAGGCAAUACAUGAACAGAAAGGGUGGGUUCAACAGGCCUCUGGACUUUGUCGCAUAAUUCGUCUCUAGUACAAUUUUAAGUCGUUUCAGGCCAGUGAACUAUAUCCUAUACUGGAAUUUGAACUUUACUCUAGAAACUACUCGUCUUUAUCUUCUUGUGUCCCGGACUCUAACGUGGAAAUUCACAUUCCAGCAUGGUAUAUAGUUCACUGAGUCAGGAAUGUUAAAUAGAAUGGGAUCGCAAAUAAAAUGAAAAUAUAUAAACUAAAGGAUUACUAAUCCUAUAAUUGAUGAGAUAUGACGCGAGUUAUUGUAUUUUAGUUUAUUAUACUUUAAUUCAACAUUGUAAUAGAAUAUUUAUACUUAAUAAACGUGUUCUUCUUUAUAUAUGA